AGUGCAGCGCCGUGAGCCGCGGCCGUUGAACGUCAACACAAUACAACUCUUAAAACUUUGUGACAAAAAUAUAACUUCAGUGUCAUGGCCAAUACAGAAUAUUUCGAGUUGGAAGGUGGUGACCGUAUGCCAAGGAUUGGUUUUGGGACAUGGCAGACAUCUGAUGAGGAACUUGAGAAAGCAGUGGAAUCCGCUUUGGAGGCGGGGUACCGACACUUCGACGCUGCUCCAGUUUACGAAAACGAGGCUGCGUUAGGACGUGCCCUCAAGAAGUGGAUCGGAGGAGAUCCUAACCGGAGGAAAGAAUUAUUCAUCGUUACAAAACUUCCACCUGGAGGGAACCGACCCGAAUUAGUACAGAAGUGGUUCGAUGCCUCGAUGCGGGAUUUGGGUCUUGACUAUUUAGACAUGUACCUUAUACAUACACCGUUUGCAUUUGAACAUGUGCCUGGUGAUAUGCACCCUAAACAUCCAGACGGAUCCAUGCGCGUGGAUUUCACCACUGAUCUGAUUGCUGUUUGGAAGGAAAUCCUAAAGCUUAAAGAAUCUGGUCGCGUGCGUCACGUGGGAGUAUCCAAUGUCAACGAGGAGCAGCUCAAGCGAUUAACAAGCGUUUACAAGCCGGCCUGUCUACAGGUGGAGGUGCACGUGCUCUGCCAACAAAAGGACUUAGUGGCUGCAGCGACUAAGCUCGGGAUCUCUGUAGUUGCCUAUUCUCCUCUUGGAUCCAAAGCACUUGCUGAUGCCUUAUCUGCUAAAACCGGGCGCGAAUAUCCUGACUUGCUGAAGUUGGAGGCAGUGCAGCGUAUCGCAAAUAGUCACGCGCGCACUCCAGCGCAAGUUUUACUGCGUUACACUCUGCAGCGAGGACUCGCCGUCAUACCAAAAAGCACAAAUCCCGAACGGAUCACACAGAACAUCUCACUGUGGGAUUUCGCGCUUACUAAAGAAGAAAUGCUUGAACUAGCUGCACUUGACCGCGGAGAAGAUGGCCGCAUCUGUGAUUUUUCCUUUUUCGUUGGCAUAGACAAACAUCCAGAGUUCCCUUUCAAGAAAUAAACUUGAUGAUUUCUGUUCCUAAUUAGCAUUUAUGUCACUCAAUCGUAUUUAAUUG